AUGUACAUGUUUGAUUCGUGUACGCUGUGUUUAGAUCUGCGAGGUGCAUUUGGAGAUGUAAUUAUCCUCCAGCCGACUCCUUCAAGAAAUCCAAAUGACCCUCUAGAAGUAGAACUGGAAGCUUUGGGAGAAAUAUUUGAAUUAUGGCCUUGUUCUACUAUAUUCUCUUCUUGUUUUCGCAGUGUAUGUCUUAUUCAUCCUACAUCUCUAUUCUCAUUGCACUGUUCUAACGAUGGUUUUUCGAUUGAAAGAAUCAACGCUGCCACCCCUACCUGGGCCCCAAUGCACAGGCAACUUGGUUUUAGCUAUGCAAUUUUACAAGACAGUUACGCCGCCGGCUCAGCAACACUCUGUGUUGGAGCGUUACUCUUCAUCCCUAUUGCGUUGAAAUUUGGUCGACGUGUCGUUUAUCUUAUUAGCCUUUUCCUGCAAUUCUUCGUUUCCAUUUGGUCUGCAAAGCUUGAGACAGUCGCGGACCUUGUCCUAGUCAACGCAUUCAACUGCUUGCUUGGCGCACUUGCAGAAGCCAUCGUUCAGAUGACAAUUGCGGAUGUCUUUUUUAUUCAUCAAAGGGGCAGGAUGAACUCGAUCUAUGUCUGGGUCAUGAUAGUCGGAUGUUCGCUUGCUCCUUUGGUGGCUGGCUUCAUUUCUAAUUCCCAGGGCUGGAGGUGGGUUUGGUGGUGGAUGGCAAUUCUCUUUGGGGCGUGCUUUAUUCUCUUUUUGUACUUCUACGAAGAGACUAAAUUCGUCGACUCGAUGACAGGGGUUGCUUUGACAAGAUCCUCAAUUGAGAUAAAGCCAACACCCACACCCGCUGACACGGACAAAGAGAAACAGAAAUGUGCUGAUGGUGUGGAUCUCGAAGAAGGGAUGAAAUCAGAAUCAAAAGACAAAGCGCCUGAGGCAAGGAUGGAUGAGACGAAAUAUCCCAAGUUCCCACAACAUAUGACAGAAAUCGACAUCGACCCGGACAUUCCGCGAAAACGCUAUCUUGAGCGUCUGAAACUAUGGGUGUCUUUUCCCGGAUCCGUUAAAUAUUAUGUGCGGCAUGCAUAUCAACCUCUCAUUGUGAUAGUACAAUUUCCAGCGGCCUUGUACGUGUCUGUGCUGUAUGGACUAAUCACUGCCGCAUGGCAAGCAAUGAUUACUGUCGUUUCAUCCGUUAUGGCAGAACCACCCUACAAUUUCAACGCAGCACAAAUCGGUCUCAUGUCACUAGCUCCUUUUAUUGGCAACACUAUUGGGACCUUGAUAUUUGGAAUAUUUAGUGACUGGCUAGCCCUCAAGCAAGCAAAAAAGAACAACGGAAUUUUCGAGCCAGAGAUGCGUCUGUGGACCGUCCUUGGGGCUACACCUUUGGCGCCUGCUGGUAUAUUGAUAUUUGGGUAUGCCCUUGGAAAUGGAGCGCCGUGGAUUGUCGUUGCAGUUGGUUAUGCAAUAUAUGGCUUUGGUAUGGCCCCGGUGAGCAGUGCGGCGCUGACAUAUCUCACUGAUGCUUAUACCAAUAUCGUUGCCGAUUCUCUCGUCGGUGUAACUUUUAUUCGGAACCUCCUAGCAACUAUCUUGAUCUUUGCUCUCACGCCCUGGAUUGAGGCUGUUGGGAUAUCAAGUGUUUUUCUGACACUCUCACUUUUAUCACUUGCAGUGCUCGUACCGGGUACUUUAUGUUUCCUUUACUUUGGCAAAAGGUUGCGAGUAAGAACUGCGUCUAGGUAUCGCCAUUAUUCAACCGUUCAAGUUGAGAACAGGAGCGCAUAA